GCAAAUGUCGUCCGGCCAUUUCAAAGAAUAAAUUAAUUUUGAGAGUUCGAUGACCGCCCGGAAUCGUUUUGUCCGUCAUUUUUGAUCUAUAGAUUUUACAAAACGCUAAUUUUCAUUUAAAUCAUGUCUGGAGAACCUGAAGUGACCCGUACUCCUGAGGAGGAGGAAGAAGAAGAAAUCAAGUCCUCGUACAAACCACCUCCAGAAAAGACUAUUGAUGAGAUCCUGGCGGCUGACCAAGAGGAUGAGUCAUUAAGGAAAUACAAGGAAGCGCUCCUUGGAGAAGCUCAAGCUGGUGCUGUUAUUGUUGAUCCAAAUGAUCCUCGCAGAGUGAUCGUCAAGAAACUGGCGCUGUGCGUCACCGGACGAGAUGACGUCGAGCUGGACCUCUCAGGAGACUUGACAGAUCUUAAAAAACAGGUGUUCGUGAUAAAAGAAGGCGUGCAGUACAGGAUAAGGAUUGACUUCAUUGUGCAGAGGGAAAUCGUGCACGGGCUCAAAUAUGUGCAGAAGACUUACCGACUGGGAGUACCAGUGGACAAAAUGACCCACAUGGUCGGCUCGUACCCGCCCAAAACUGAGAUCCAGUCGUACACAACUCCCCCAGAAGACGCGCCCUCUGGAAUGGUCGCAAGAGGUUCGUACUCCGUCAACAGUCUCUUCACUGAUGACGACAAAAACGUUCAUUUGCAAUGGGAAUGGUGCUUCGACAUCAAAAAGGAUUGGAAGGAUUAAGCUUGGCUGUAUUAUUUUUAUGAAAAGACCGACUGAGUUGGGCUCUGUUCUUAGAUUACUCUGUGCCAUAAAUAUCGGUAUAUUACACUCUUGUUUAGAGUAAAAACCUAGUUUUAUACCUCAGGCAUAGCGAACAAUGAGUUGUAUUCAAUGAAGUUCAAUUUUUAUUUUUAUUGUGUGCAAUUUUCAAUAUGGCGGACGAGAUUUGGCGGGAAACUAGUGGUGUGUAUGUGACUUAUGCUACUAUAAUGUCUGUAUCAAUUUUUUUUUCUGAAACUCUAUGAAGAUCCAAAAUAUAUUAACAAAUAAUUGGAAAGUACUAUAAAACGCACAGUAAAUAUUUACGCGGUGAUCUUGUCGAGCCCGACUCAGUUGCAAGUGUCGAUAAUGGUGGCUGACUGAGAAAACCUAUUGACAAAUUAGUGUAAACGCUUCGUCAAACAGGAAUCGGGAACGCGAUAAAAAGUUCGAGAAAUCACAAGACAUUAGAUUAUUAUCAAGGUGAUAUUAAAUAGUUGGUGUAGAUUGUUAAGUUGCGAUGUUAUCACAACUAAUAGAAGUAUAUUUUCAUACUUUUUCAUACAAAUAUAAUUGAAUGUACAAAUGUAUCGCAUCUUAACUUUGAAUGUGAUACAAUGUUCAACUCGGACUUAGAAAAGUCUUUUUCUAAAUACCUCUUUAGAUCGUAGUCCGCCAACUAUUUGACGAAGCCGAGUCAUUAGUAAUACAUACCUAAACAUUACAAAAUAUAUAAUUAUGUGAUUAU